ACUCUCCUUGGGCACCACCGCCUUGGUCACCACUCCCUGCCUCGUCUCUUACGCAUGGCCUCCCGUGUCCUUGUUACUUGUCUUCCCCGGUCUCUCCCUCCCCUACCCCCCGGGCCUGCCCCUACCUGCGUUCCUUGCGUCGAGGGGCGGCAGCGCGCUGCUGUGA